AUGAACCAGCAGAAGCCUGAGCCAGUAGAGCCUGAACCUGCAGAGCUUGAGCCAGCAGGACCUGAAGAACCUGAACCAGGAGAACCUGAACCAGCAGAGUCUGUACCAGUAGAUUCUGAACCUUCAGGGGAGCCUGAACCAGCAGAGCAUGAGCCAGUAGAAGAGGAUGAACCAGCAGAGCCUGAACUCGCAGAACCUGAACCAGCAGAGCCUGAGCCAGUAGAGUCUGAGCCCGCAGAGCCUGAACCAGUAGAGCCUGAACCAGCAGAGCCUGAGCCAGUAGAGCCUGAACCAGCAGAGCCUGAACUCGCAGAACCUGAACCAGCAGAGCCUGAGCCAGUAGAGUCUGAGCCAGUAGAGCCUGAACCUGCAGAGCUUGGACCAGCAGAGCCUGAAGCAGCAGAGCUGAAGAACCUGAACAAAGAGAGCCUGAACCAGCAGAGCCUGAAGCCUGAGCCAGUAGAGCCUGAACCAGCAGAGCCUGAGCCUGCAGAGCCUGAACCUGUAGAGCCUGGACCAGCAGAGCCUGAACCAGGAGAGCCUGAACCAGCAGAGCCUGAGCCAGUAGAGCCUGAACCAGCAGAGCCUGAGCCUGCAGAGCCUGAACCUGUAGAGCUUGAACUAGCAGAACCACAACCAGCAGAGCAUGAAGAACCUGAACCAGCAGAGCCCGAACCAGCAGAGCCUGAACCCGCAGAACCUGAACCCGCAGAACCUGAACCAGUACAGCCUGAACCAGCAGAGCCUGAGCCAGCAGAGCCUGAGCCACCAGAGCCUGAACCUUCAGAGCUUGGACUAGCAGAACCACAACCAGCAGAGCAUGAAGAACCUGAACCAGCAGAGCCUGAAUCAGUAGAGCCUGCACCUGCAGAUUCUGAACCAGUAAAGACUGAACCAGCAGAACCUGAGCCUAAUGCCGCAUUGCCUGAACCGGCAGAGCCUGAUCCAGUAGCACCUGAACCAAUAGAGCCUGGGGAGCCUGAACCUCCACGGGAGCCUGAACAACCAAAGGAAAAACCUAGGAAGAAGAAGAAAUGUCAUAAGAAACAUAAGACUAACAUAUAAGUAUUAACAUACAAUUCAGUUAUUGUCCAAUGAAACUCAGACCUGUGCCCAAACCCCCCCAAAAUAUAUACAAUGUAAAAUCUUCCAAACAUGUAUUUGUCCAGACUUCCAUUGUGUUCUGAGGCCAUGGUAAGAGGCAGCUAAAUAGACUGUAGUUGAUGUGUUGUGAGAUGAGAGUUCCACUCUUCUAAUACAGUUUGAAACAAUAUACAGCAGAGGUGUCAAACUCAUUCCACAGAGGGCCUAGAGUCUGCAGGUUAGACAACCAGUGGAGGGGAGUUCCUUACUAAUUAUUGACCUUAUUUUAUCAA